AUGGCAAGGCAAGAUGAAACGGGCAGUAAACAAUCGGAGAGCAAUGCGUCCUUUUUACCUUUGUGCAUAACAUCCCACAAAUCGAAAGAUGAGGCUGAAAAGCUGGUAUCUUGUCUUCAUCACGAAGGAAGCUAUUAUUUAUGUUUCAGCUAUGGAUUAUAUACUGGGACGUCCAAUGAAUUGAAAGCGAAAGUUGAAUUCGCCUUAGAUGGACCUUUCAUUGUUAACUAUACAACCAUACCGAAGUUCAAGUCAGCUUUCUUCUGUCACCUGCUCAUGUUCAAUGACGGUUCCAUAAAGGGAUUUAAAUAUGAAAACAACAAAUUUGAAAUCAUCUACAAUUCUAAUGUGGCUCCAAAACUGGAUACCAUUUCUUCGUCAGUUUCUAGCUGGUUAAAUGCUUCUCUGGAUGGUAUUUUAUAUACUUGCAAUAAUAACAUGUCCUAUGAUAGUAGUUUGCGUACGUUCGGUGCGACGAUUUACUCCUUCAACUUUAAAAACGGGUUAGUUCAAAAAUUUUAUGCUACCGAUGGCGAAGAAAUCAUCUCUUUUCAUUUUAUCAGCAGAGAGGAUUUGCUUGGUGACAUCACACACGCAGGUAAAUCAGACGCCUAUUUUUUUUGCCUACUUAAGAGUGACUAUAGUGAAAACUUACUUCUAAAGGAGUAUCAUUCUUCUGGAAAUCAUGAAGAUAGGAAGUUUGAUUUAUAUGAAUACCGCCAAUACAAUCUUUUACCAAUAUCUGAUGAUGAAUUUUGUUAUAUGGAAGUUAUUUGCGGCCACACCAUCAUAGUUUUGACCAACACCUACACUCAAAUAUUAAAAAUAGAAACAAGAGGACUCAAAAGGGGAGCUUUUUUUAAAAACAAAGGCCUCCCAAAUGCGGAGAACUACAAAUUUCUAAGAGACUCUUAUAAUGUGAUAUACGAAAAAACAGUCAUUUUCUUGACAAUUUUUGACGCGUACGCUAAUAGGUAUACUACCAAAAUACAUACAGGGUCAUUAAAAGAAAACCACGCCCAGGAAGAUCUACAGUGGUCAAAAGGAAAAGUGUUUAAGCUUCCUAAACAUGAUCUAUGCGAUAUUAUUUUGCAGCUUCCAGGUGAGAAGUAUAUAACGCUAACAAGAAUAAAUGGCAUAAAUUUUAUAUCGAGAAAUCACCGAGGUUCUAAAUUACACAAGGUGAAAGGAGGUCCGGUUUAUACAAACAGAGUCUAUCUUGCAUCACAAGUUAUUAGGAACAAAGGAACAGAUAUCGAUUCAUUGCUUUUGUGUGGAAGUUUUAACUCGAAAAAAGGGUUUCUAGAAAAGAAAUUUUUGGUAUAUAACAAAAAUCUCUUUAAGUUAGUCACUUCUACUAAAGUGCUUUUAGAGAAUGUAACUGAUUUUUGGGUUACAGACCUAGUGAUUAAUGGCGGUGACAAAUUUGCAUAUGAAUCAGGGGGAUUGGUUUAUAGAAACGGAAUAUUGUUAAUGGAUGAACUAUAUGACUGCAAUAUACUCGUUACUAGGACGGGAAAAUUUUUGAAAGCCGAUAUGGAUGGUUCUACUGGAGAAAUUAGGCAGUUUGAUAUCAUGCUGUCGGAUCACAACUCCUCGACAAUGUUCUGUUAUCCCAUACAGAACUCUGGGGUCAGGAUUUCAACAUUUGAGGCAAAAUCCGAUUCUCUACGUAAAAUAAAAGAUUUUUUUUUCCAAGGGCUCGAUUCCAAAGAAAGUAUUGUUAGUUGUUUCUCGGAUGGCAACGAGAAAUAUCUUUUUGCCGUUUACUCAGAGGGCAGGAUUUCAGUAUGGGAUGACAGCCAAAAGAAAGUGGCUACAUCUCAUCCAGAUUAUUCUUUUAUAGCCUAUGAUCAAUUGAUAAAGGAAUCCUGGGUCGGUAAAAACCAUGAAGACGACUCAAUUUACAUCAUUGCAUCAUCGUAUGUUGGCUGUGUAAGAGUCUACAAAUCAGAAUCCAACUUUUUGAGAGUGGUUUUAGAGAUGCACUCGUCACUCGAUCAGAAAUUAGAACUACUGGAUACAAUUCCUACUUUGCCUUUAGUUUUCCUUUACAACGACAAAGAAAUAAUUCUACUAAAUCUGCAAAACAUGUCUUACGGUUACGUACAGUUGGGCUUGGUUCCAAGACGAAUGAGAAUUCUUCCUGGUAAGGUGCUGUUCUCUCUUUGUAUUCUAGAUGAUGAAUCUCGAAUAAGCAUCUUUGACUUUAGUAAAACGUUUCACCGUGAAUAUUUCACUAAACAGAUGGUUCCAUUAAAACCGCAAUUAGAGAAUUAUAUGCUUGACCUCCCCAGCGUUCCUGUACAGCUCUAUACUAUUCCAAAUAACCUCAGCCAGGCUGUGGCGUGCUUAGUCGAUACCAAUAGUAGGCAAUACAAGUUGAUGCUAUUCGAUUACGUUUUAAUGAAGACAAUUUCCACAUUUAGUUUUUCGAAUGAAAAGUAUUCACAUGCGGUUGUGAAGCCAUUGUGGCCAGACCAAGAUUCGAUUUACUCAUCACUGGGGCCCUUCUACGGUAAUAAGUUUAUCGUGUGUUUAGGAAUUGAUGAUAAACGUACAAAAUUCUGGCUGUUUGAAAUCAGAAAUAAUAGCAUUAUCCAGUUGUAUGCAAAUUAUCUCGAAGAUUGUAUAUGCUCGGUUCUUAUAUACUAUGAGUGCAAUAUGGUUUUAUUUUCUGGCGGUAGUGGCAUAGCAGCAUAUAAAAUAAACAUACUCAAGGAGGGCUCGGAAAUUCUCGAAGCCUAUUCUUUCCCAACACUUGCAUCGGUUAACCAUAUGGGGCUUCCAAUAUAUAUGAGUGGCGAUUAUCUGGUUCAAUUUGAGCCUUUGAGAGGUUUUGUGAGAACCCACCUUCCAAUUAGGACAUCCAUAGAACAUCCAUCAGAGCACACUGAACGUUCUUACUUGAGUUUUAAGGAAUUCGGAAGCAUAACGCAAGUAGCGACUAAAACGAUUUUCAAAGAGCCAACAGGAUGUGAGAACGAUUAUUUGGCAAGUGGUAAGAACUACCCAUUAGAUCGAUUAUCAGGCCUUUCAUGUACUAAGUUGAAAUAUUCCAAUAGAUCUUAUGUUGCCAUCAUUGGUGCUGAUAAUACGCUGACAAUAUAUGAGGAUUCUGAUAAAUUAUUAGCCGACAAGGAUGGGUUGACUAUCCCAUACCUAAAAAUUCGAUUACCUAAUAAGAUAAUCUCACUGGCGGUCAUCCCGGAUGGAUUUCAAAACCUUCAAAUAUGUCCAAGUUUUAAUGAUCAAAGGUUGGAGGGUGUUAUACCCUUAUUUGUACUUUGUGGUACAGAGGGUCAAAUUUAUAUUAUAUCGGAAUUCAUUGGUGAACUGUGGAUGAGAACAUUGCAUAAUUACAAAACGGUCAAGCUUGAACAUGAAAGAGCUAUCCGAAGGCCUGGAACAAACAUGCGAAACGUUACUAAACGAUAUUCUGCGAGUAAGGAGACUGGAAUAAAUGAAAGCGGGUUUGAUGAGCUUGCUAGAAAUUUGAAGAGAAGACAUAUUGAUCAUCCACCAUAUAAGACCAUAGAUUUUUUUGAUCCUUUAAAACUAAAAAGGUGA